ACCUGGCUUGAAGAAGAUGGACAAGCCGAAGUCAAUCGCCUUGAGAGGCGAAUUCUCCUUCUUGUUCGCAAACAGAAAGUUCUCCGGCUUCAAAUCCCGAUGAAUCACCCCUUGCUUGUGGCAGAGCUGCACCACCUCAACAAUCGUUCGCAUCACCCCAGCCGCCGCCCUCUCUGUGUAGUGUCCCCUGGCAACGAUCCUAUCAAACAGCUCCCCACCCUCACACAGCUCCAUCACCAAAUGCACGGCGUUCUCGCCUCUCUGAAGCUCACGAUGCUUGAAUUAGUGGGCAAGUGCUUCAUUAUAGCCACCUCCCGCCGCACGUCCUCCACAUCCACCGCCGUUCGCAGCUUCCGCUUGGAUAUGGACUUGCAGGCGAGCAGAUCCCUCGUCUCCCGGUCAAUGCAGAGG